AUGAGUACUCAAGCGUCAGGGCCUUCUUCGACAUCAGGGAGGAGAAGCACCUCAAGUGUACGGCGAGGAGGAGGACCACCACCGCCGUCCAAAAAGUCUCUCCAAUCAGAGAACGGAAGCGUCAAUGGAGGUUCCACCUCAAAACCCAAUUCACCUCCUCCUCAACCCCAACCUCCUUCCAACGUAGAGAGAACAGUGAAGAAGCUCCGAUUAUCAAAAGCCCUCACAAUCCCCGAAGGCACCACCGUCUUCGACGCUUGUCGAAGAAUGGCGUCUCGCCGCGUCGACGCCGUUCUCCUAACCGACUCAAGCGCUCUCCUCUCCGGGAUCUGCACAGACAAAGACGUAGCCACGAGAGUAAUCGCAGAAGGAUUAAAACCGGAUCAAACUCUAGUCUCCACGGUGAUGACAAGGAAUCCGAUCUUCGUCACAUCUGAUUCCUUAGCCAUAGAAGCUCUUCAGAAGAUGGUUCAAGGGAAAUUCAGGCACUUGCCCGUUGUGGAGAACGGAGAAGUCAUCGCUCUGUUGGAUAUCACUAAGUGUCUAUACGAUGCAAUCUCAAGAAUGGAGAAAGCUGCAGAGCAAGGAAGCGCUUUAGCAGCUGCUGUUGAAGGCGUUGAGAAGCAGUGGGGAGCUGGAUACUCUGCUCCUUAUGCUUUCAUCGAGACCUUGAGAGAGAGAAUGUUUAAACCGGCUCUGUCGACGAUAAUCACUGAGAAUUCAAAAGUUGCUCUUGUAGCACCAACAGAUUCUGUUUAUGUUGCUGCGAAGAGGAUGAGAGAUUUGAGAGUUAACUCUGUGGUGAUUUCCAACGGGAGCAAGAUUCAGGGGAUCUUGACUUCGAAGGAUAUUUUAAUGAGAGUUGUGGCGCAGAAUCUGUCUCCUGAGAAGACUCUUGUGGAGAAGGUGAUGACUCCGAAUCCGGAAUGUGCGUCGCUAGAGACGACGAUUCUUGACGCGUUGCAUACGAUGCACGACGGGAAGUUCUUGCAUCUUCCGAUUGUGGAUAAAGAUGGAUCCCCUGCGGCGUGUGUGGACGUGUUGCAGAUAACUCACGCGGCGAUUUCGAUGGUUGAGAACAGCUCUGGAGCUGUGAACGAUAUGGCGAACACGAUGAUGCAGAAGUUUUGGGACUCGGCUCUUGCGUUGGAGCCAGCUAAUGACGAUUCGGAUACUCAGAGCGAGAUGUCGGCGAUGAUGCAGCAUUCUGAUAUUGGGAAGCUCGCUUCUUACCCGUCUUUAGGGCUCGGGAGCUCGUUUUCGUUCAAGUUUGAGGAUCUUAAGGGACGUGUGCAUCGGUUUAGUUGUGGUGGUGAGAGUCUUGAGGAGCUGAUGGGUGUUGUGAUGCAGAGGAUUGGUGGUGGUGACGGUAACGAGAUGGAAGAAAGGCCGCAGAUUGUGUAUGAGGAUGAUGAAGGUGAUAAGGUUUUGAUUAUGUCGGAUAGCGAUUUGGUUGGUGCUGUUAGUCUUGCUAGGUCUACAGGACAGAAGGUGUUGAGGUUGCAUCUGGACUUCAGCGAGACGACGACUACGAGGAGCUUGAGCUUGGAAACGGGUCAGGUCAAGAAAGUGGAGUGUCUAAAGGGAGAAGGAGGAGGAUGGGUUUCGUGGCGUGGUGGUGUUGUGGUUACGGGAGCUGUUGUUCUAACGAGCAUAGCCGUAGUUGUUUACUUGAAACGCUCACAGAAUUGA